AUGGCGACCAAUAUAUACACCUAUUCCUCACCACAAUCACGUAUUGAACUUGUUUGCAACAAUGAAAUUGCUGCAAUUAUACUUGUUUAUAGCGAUUCCAUUAGCAUCAGCAGCAACAUCAACUCCAAUUUACGCGAGGCUGGAUGCAAAGACAUGUGCGGGAACGUCCGGAUUCCAUACCCAUUCGGAAUCGGAACAGGGUGUUAUAUCAACAAAUGGUAUGCUGUUGAUUGCAACUCAUCGACACCAUACCUUUCUGCGAUAAACAACCUGGAAUUGUUGUCUGUGAAUUUUGAGAAUCAAAUAGCGACAGUUAAUAUCUCAGUGAUUUCUGAGUGUGGAGACCCAAUUCGGAAUAGUAGCGUCGAAUUGGGUGAGAGUCCCUUUCUGUUUUCUCGAGAUGAUAACAAAUUCACUGUUGAAGGGUGUGGAAAUGCAGUUAUCUUGGAUCAAGGAGAGAACUUGGUCACAAGGUGUUCGACGAUAUGCCAAAACCAAACCACCAACCAAAGAGACGAUUGUUAUGGGGUCAACUGCUGCCAAACCACGAUUCCGUACUAUCUUAAAACAUACACCAUCGAUACUACAAGCUUGAAAAGACAGGAUUCUGGUGGAACUGGAGUUUGUGGAUCUGCCUUCCUGGUGGAUAGAUUUUCAUACCCUGCUGGCAGGUUUUCUGGGCAAUCUGCCAUUGUUGACAACUUGUUUGUUCCAGUUUCACUUCGGUGGACCCUAAGACGGGUGGAUAUUGAUCAAAGAGCUUAUGCUUCUAUGACGGAAGCCCAUAUCUACUUGAUGGAUGCCAACUUGACUCAGCAUGCGCUUCUUGUGAUGGUGAAUGUUUUAUCAAUGAAAUGGGGGGCGUCACAUGUGAUCCUAAUCCACCUAGAGGAAAAUCAUCAACAAUUGGAGUUAUUCUAG